AGCAGAAGGGGUCCCUGUGAAAUAUAAUACUUCUACACCCUUGCCACAGUCGGUGCUCGCGAUCCUCGGUCAAGUGGCCACCUACGCUCUCUCGACCUGGCGCCAUCCCCUACGCUGCUUCCGACCUUUCUCAGAACAAACUCACACCUCGAAAUGGACGCCGCUUCGGACACGCUGGCCUUGCUCCGUCCGCAUGUCGACGACGCAGGGGACAUUGUGCACGUUGACAUCGAAGGAGGCAAAGCUCUUGGCAUUGUCCUGGACGAAGUCAACAAGCAAACCGUGAUCAAGGCGUUCACACGCCACAACGACGCCAUUGGCCCGGUGGAACAGAACUCGAACGUGCAUGUAGGGGAUGCGCUCGUUGCGAUCAACGGCAAGGACGUGUCAAAGCUUGGAUUGAAAGAAGUGGGCGAGAUCCUUAAGAAGCUAAAAGAUCGUGCCAAAGUCCUAGGGUGGCGCGUCGAGAGCUCGCUCCAAUCCAUCGACCUGGGAGGAAUCAAGAGCCCGAAGCACGCCACACCCGCUUCCACGCCUACCGCCGCCCCAGGGACCAGCUCCGGCUCGCCCACGAGUCAUGCCGUGGACGCCGUGGCCAUCAACAUCGCACCGGCGCCCUCUUCUGCCGCCAAGGACCCCAAUGCCCCGCCAUCGAUCGACGCCAUCUCCGUCCGCUGCCCUCCAGGCCCGCUCGGUCUUCUCUUGAACAGCGAAACCCUGGACCGUGCCAUCGUGAUUGGCUUCCAGCCGCUGCCGGACGGGUCGCAAGGGGUGCUGGAAAUGCACGACAACAUCCGUCCGGGUGCCGUUCUCGUCCGCAUCGACGGCGAAGACGUCAGCGCGUGGACGUUGGACGCGGUGAAGCGCCGCCUCGGCGAACUGGCGGACCAGGAGCGGACGCUUGAAUUUACGCUUCCCCGACACCGCGCCAACAGCCAGGACUACUCGCUUCGUCGCAAGGAAGAGUUCACGCUCAUGAAGCAGAAUGACUCGACGAAAAUCGAGCGCGGCGAGUGCUGGCUCGUGGUCGAUGCCAAAUGGGUCGAGCGGUGGGUGACGUUUGCCGCCUUGAACGGCCCCCCGCCCGGCCCCAUCACCAACGAAACCCUCGUACAACCUCGAUGGGAAGAGCGGCUGGAGGGAAAACUCCCCGGGGAUGCCGACCAGCCCCGCGAACACUUGAAGGUGUCGACCGACUACAGAUGUGUGACCCCCCUCGUGUGGAGUUUCUUUGCGGCGCUGCAUGGCACAAGCAAGUUGCCGCCCAUUGCACGAUAUGCGAUGGACAUCUACGGCCGGCAAUUGCCAGCGGUGGAACUCAAGAAGAUUUUGAAAGGGCCGUCGCUCAAGGCGGAAAUCGCGGUCAAGGAGAUCAAACAUCGCUGCCAGUAUGCUCCGUAGAACUGGCUUCUUAAAGCUGCCAGAACAUUUGUAUCGUGCGUGUUAUGUACUGAGAUGAUGCUGAAUCACCAGCUGGAAGAUAUCUGUCGACCCAAAUGACGCUCGGAGCUCCAGCUUCCAUAGCCCCUGCUGCCACCCGCAAGUCGAUGGAAUCGUAGAGAAUAAUGAACAGGAAGGACAUGUGCCGUGGACGUGGAGAUGGCGGAGCGCUGCCGUGGAGGUGGCCGCCCGGUCUUUAUGCGCCAAGAAGAUUGUAGUUAGCGGAGUGGCAAUGGCUGCGACCGUAGCCCAAAGCUGGGGGUGGGCGGCCCAGUUGUAGAGGACGUCGGCGAGGAGUAAGAGAUGUGGUGGAUUGUGUGGUGCAAGGAGGGCUUCUAAGUGGACCGCGUUACCCCAUUCCAAGCUACAUACAGCGACAGAGCAGGGUGGGGAUGGGCGUGUCGACUGAUGCUGCCGGACGUUGUAGCCAAGGAGGUCGAGAUUGGAGGGUUUGUCUGUGAGCACCAAGGUCGAGUGCGGAGGAAGCAGAGUGGCUAGUACAAGGCCAAGCAGCCCACUUCCAGAUGCAAUCUCCAUGGCAUGUAGUGGUUGGCUGAGUUGGGGCAGAUGGUACGUUUGCAAAAAGUAGCUCAAGCAGAUGCCCGCGUCCCAUACGUGGGAUGCCAUGGCAUCACCAUACCGCUCUUCCACCGUGACGAGACUUGGAACUUGGUCGGUAGGUCGUUGGAUGGAGAACCGUCGGAGGCAUGUUGCUACGGACGCUGACGUAUCGUUAGACGAAGGAUGAGUUCGCACAAUGGUGUUGGACCAUACUGGAAGGACCAGUACAUGCCCAUGGGUACCCAUACUAGCACCACACGUGAAGGAUUGCAACGACAUGGUGGCAUGUGCAGAGGUCGCAUUAUUGGAGUGCAGCUGCGCAUGGAAUCGCAAGGGCGAACAGGAUUUUGGAAGAGAAACGUAGAUGGUGGCGUGGCGUUGAUGAGGUGCCAUGACAACGGCGGAUUCAGCGAUGGACAUUGGGACAAACGUGACCGGGUCGCACGGUCGGACGCCUAUGACCCAUCCUUGGACAAGUGGUGUAUUUGGGUGCGCUGUGAUGGCGCUUAUACCCUGGCCACACUCGUUUAUCACUUCAACAUGCAGCUUGACGCGGCUUUCUGCAUGGGAAAUGAACGGCGGUGGUGAGAAUCGAAAGCGUAGCCGGUAUAGUUCCACAGCCUGGGUUGUCAUUGCUCGAUUCAUU